GUCCAAGUUGUGCUUCAUUCACAAAUAGCCACCGUGGAUUACUCCAACCCAAAGAGAGGCACCUUCCUCGGGCUGCUCUGACCCAGGUUGACGCAGACAAUUUUCGUCACAACAUUCUCCCAAAAAUGAAAAUGUCCGCGGCCGAGAUCUCGCAGGUGCUCAAAGAGGGCGAGUUGGAGAAGAGGAGCGACAACCUGCUCCAGUUCUGGAAAAGGAAGACUUGCGUCCUGACCACCGACAGCCUCAACAUGUACGCCGACACGCAAAAGCGCACACGGGGCAAAGAGCUCAAGUUGCAGUGCAUCAAGAAGGUGGACUGCGUGGAGCGCACCGGCAAGUUCGUCUACUUCACCAUCGUCACCACGGACGACAAGGAGAUCGACUUCCGCUGCCCGGGCGAGGACAACUGCUGGAAUGCGGUGAUCACCAUGGCCCUCAUCGACUACCAGAACCGAAAGGCCAUUCAGGAUUUCAAGACCCGUCAGGACAACGAGGGCGCGUCCCCGGGCCAGCAGGAGCGGCACAUGGCGAGGGCCCCGUGAGAUUAAUAUGGAUGUGUGCGUGUGGCCCACACAAGAAAUAAUCAUUCAAGGACCAACCAAAAGGGAACGAUGACGUCACCGGGUCCAGAGAUGAAGGAUUGGACUGAGAUGUCACAACGACUCUUGCAUGUCCAGCACAGAUUUUCCAAACUCCACUCACAUGGACUGAGAAGUGAAGUUUGCUCUCAUGGGAGGGAGGGGGGGAAAAAAAGAUGCCUAUAAAAGAAUGUCUGUUAAUUUAUUUGUUUCCAGGAUAGGGUGUCUACUGGUAAACUGCACUUGUUUAAAUUAUUUGCUUGUUUCAAAGCGUUAUGUGUUUAUGUAUUUAUUUCAAUAAAUAUACGUGCAUCUUUUUGGACAAACUGAAGCGUUUCAUUACUUUCGCUAAAGAGGUUAUGUUUGUUAGGGGGGGAAAAAUGCUUCUGAUUUCCACAAAGCCUUUAGGAAGGGUGAGGCAUUUUAGUGCAGAUUCAUUUUUCCUCCUGCUUUUUUUAACGAUGCAUUGUCUGCUUAAUGUCUCAUUCUGUGACAAAAAUCGGUACCAGUGGUGGGAAGUACAACUACUUUGUUCUUGGUUACUGUACUGAUUUUUCAGAUAUCUGUACUUUACUGAAGUAUUUAUUUUUCGGAUGAUUUUUUUUUUCUUACUCUCUGAAAGAAGACGCUGUAUUUCCUACUCCUAACUUUUUUACGUUUAAGUUUUUAAACCUGGAUAAUGACUUUUUUUGUGCCAAGUUAUCAAAUUAGGUAUUGCACAUAAUUGACAGUAAAAAUAAUUUGUACCUUCACUGUUGUACUGAAGUACAUUUCAGGCUCUGUCUUUUUUUUUUUUUUUUACAUAAGUACAGGAGUUGAAUUAUAGUUCUCCUGUUACCAGUGUCUCUAUUUUCUGCAAGUAUUUGUACAUUAAACAGUACAGAGUGUGAGUAAUAUUGACACCUCGAAACAACACAAUUGAUGAGGCCUUGGCUUUUAUCGUUGUAAAUAAAGUAUCGACUUGGCAAAACUGAAUGGAUAUA